AUUCACACUUCUCUCUCUAUCUCUCUGUUUCUUCACCCUCCUCUGUUUCUUCAAGCUAUGAAGAAAAGAAGAACCUUUCUCAUGUUUUCGUUAACCUUUCUCCUUCUACUUCUUGAUUUCUCCAAAGCUGACUCUGAUGGAGAUCUCUCAGCGAUGCUAUCACUCAAGAAAAGCUUAAACCCACCAAGUUCUUUCGGUUGGUCUGACCCAGACCCGUGUAAAUGGACUCACAUCGUUUGUACUGGAACAAAACGUGUGACCCGGAUCCAAAUCGGGCAUUCGGGUCUUCAAGGUACACUUUCUCCUGAUCUACGUAACUUAUCAGAGCUUGAAAGACUUGAGCUUCAAUGGAACAACAUCUCUGGUCCUGUUCCUUCUUUAAGUGGUUUAGCUUCAUUACAAGUCUUGAUGUUAAGUAAUAACAACUUUGAGUCAAUCCCUAGUGAUGUCUUUGAAGGUUUAACUUCGUUACAAUCUGUAGAAAUUGAUAAUAAUCCUUUUAAGGGUUGGGAGAUUCCAGAGAGUUUGAGAAAUGCUUCUGCUCUUCAGAAUUUCUCGGCGAAUUCGGCUAAUGUUUCCGGUAAAUUACCCGGUUUUUUCGGACCGGAUGAGUUUCCGGGGUUGUCGAUUUUGCAUUUGGCUUUCAAUAACUUAGAAGGAGAGUUGCCUUUGAGCUUAGCUGGCUCGCAGGUUCAGUCAUUGUGGCUCAAUGGUCAGAAACUAACUGGUGAGAUUAAUGUUCUUCAGAAUAUGACUGGUUUGAAGGAGGUUUGGCUUCAUUCCAACGCGUUUUCGGGUCCUUUACCGGACUUUUCGGGUCUUAAGGAGCUUGAGAGCUUGAGUUUGAGGGAUAACGCAUUCACGGGUCCGGUUCCUGCGUCUUUGUUAAGUCUUGAGUCGCUUAAAGUUGUAAACUUGACGAAUAAUCAUCUUCAAGGACCAGUUCCUGUGUUUAAGAGCUCGGUUUCGGUUGAUUUGGAUAAAGAUUCGAAUAGCUUUUGCUUGUCUAGUCCUGGUGAGUGUGAUUCUAGAGUGAAGUCUUUACUUUUGAUAGCUAGUUCAUUUGAUUAUCCGCAGCGGCUCGCUGAGAGUUGGAAAGGAAAUGAUCCUUGCACGAAUUGGAUUGGGAUAGUUUGUAGCAAUGGGAACAUUACUGUUAUUAAUCUUGAGAAAAUGGGUCUAACCGGGACGAUUUCUCCCGAGUUUGGAUCCAUUAAAUCGCUUCAAAGAAUCGUUCUUGGUAUCAACAAUCUUACGGGUACCAUUCCUCAAGAGCUUACAACGUUACCUAAUCUCAAAACACUCGAUGUUUCGAGUAACAAGCUUUUCGGGAAGGUCCCGGGUUUUAGAAGCAAUGUGGUUGUGAGUACUAAUGGUAAUCCUGACAUUGGAAAGGAUAAAAGCUCUUUGCCUUCUCCCGGUUCUUCUUCGCCUUCAGGUGGUUCGGGGUCAGGAAUCAAUGGUGAUAAGGACAGGAGAGGAAUGAAGUCUUCGACUUUUAUAGGAAUCAUUGUUGGUUCAGUUCUUGGAGGUCUAUUAUCAAUCUUGUUGAUUGGUUUAUUAGUUUUCUGCUGGUACAAAAAGAGGCAAAAGUUUAACACAAGAGGUGAGAGCUCAAAUGCAGUAGUGGUGCAUCCGCGACAUUCGGGAUCUGACAGUGAAAGCGUUAAAAUCACAGUUGCGGGUUCAAGUGUAAGCGUUGGAGGCAUAAGUGAUACCUACACGCUUCCUGGUACGAGCGAGGUAGGAGAUAAUAUCCAAAUGGUGGAAGCAGGAAACAUGCUGAUCUCAAUCCAAGUGCUUCGUUCUGUGACUAACAACUUCAGUUCAGAUAACAUUUUGGGAUCAGGAGGUUUCGGGGUUGUGUAUAAAGGCGAAUUGCACGAUGGAACCAAGAUCGCGGUUAAGAGAAUGGAGAAUGGUGUGAUUGUUGGUAAAGGAUUCGCGGAAUUCAAGUCAGAGAUUGCGGUUUUAACAAAGGUUAGGCAUCGCCAUUUGGUUACGCUUCUCGGUUAUUGUUUGGACGGGAACGAGAAGCUACUUGUGUAUGAGUAUAUGCCUCAAGGGACAUUGAGUAGGCAUUUGUUUGAGUGGUCAGAGGAAGGACUUAAGCCUCUGUUGUGGAAACAGAGAUUGACUUUAGCCUUGGAUGUUGCUAGAGGUGUGGAGUAUCUCCAUGGAUUAGCUCACCAGAGCUUCAUUCACAGGGAUCUUAAGCCUUCCAACAUUCUUCUUGGCGAUGAUAUGCGGGCGAAAGUUGCAGACUUUGGACUCGUUCGUCUCGCUCCUGAAGGGAAAGGAUCGAUUGAAACCAGAAUUGCAGGAACAUUCGGUUACUUGGCGCCCGAGUAUGCAGUGACGGGUCGAGUGACAACGAAGGUCGAUGUGUACAGCUUCGGGGUGAUUCUAAUGGAACUCAUAACAGGAAGAAAAUCUCUAGACGAAUCGCAACCAGAAGAGAGCAUUCACUUAGUCUCUUGGUUCAAACGGAUGUACAUCAACAAAGAAUCAUCAUUCAAGAAAGCAAUCGACCCGACAAUAGACCUAGACGAAGAAACCCUAGCCAGCGUUCACACUGUUGCUGAACUAGCAGGCCAUUGCUGUGCCCGUGAGCCUUACCAGAGACCAGACAUGGGACACGCAGUCAACAUUUUGUCCUCGCUUGUCGAGUCAUGGAAACCAUCAGAUCAGAAUCCAGAAGACAUAUACGGUAUCGAUCUCGACAUGUCUUUGCCUCAAGCACUUAAGAAAUGGCAAGCUUAUGAAGGAAGAAGUGAUCUCGAAUCUUCGACUUCAUCACUUUUACCUAGCUUGGACAACACGCAGAUGAGUAUUCCCACUAGACCAUACGGAUUCGCAGAGUCAUUCACUUCAGUAGAUGGACGAUGAAUGAGAUUCCUCAAAACCCAGAUUUGAUUUUCUCCUUUUGUAUAUUUGUGUUUCCUCUCCUCUUAUUCCCUCACAAUUCUUUCAUGUUUCUUGUGAUGCAAGUAACAUUUAGGGCGUAAUUUGGGUUUUCUUAAUAUAGUAUUUGAUGUUGA